AUGAGCGGUGUGACCUCCUCACUGUCCUCCCUCCUAGAGAUGAGGCUCAGACCAAGGGAGAAAUCAGCAGCUGGCCUCAGAAAACAAGGAGACUCCUUCGCCGCUCCCCGACUCUUCCCAACUUCAAAUCUGGAGAAGCAGAAAAGAAAACCUUAUUUGAUGGCAGAAGGCAGACCUUCGGGGGCCAUCCCGAAGCCACCGGUGUUCCCUGUGGACGACAGAACGCCGGAAGUGGUGCAGAGCAUCCUGCUGGAGCGAGGGUGGGACAAAUUUGAUGAAGGAGGGCAGAACAGCGACGACUGGAACCUGUAUUGCGGGACUUCCUCCUGCCGGAUGACUGAGCGCGUCCGCGUGAAGCCGGGGCAACGGCUGAACCACCACCCGGGCACCACCAGGCGGACCGGAAGGACCGCCUGGCCAGGCACCUGAAGCGCAUGGAAGAGGACGUCCGGCGGCCCCCUGCACGAGUUCAUCCCGCUGACGUUCGUCAUGCCCCACGACUACAACAAGUUCAUGGCUGAAUACUCGCAGGAGAAGCACGUGACGGCCGCAAAGCGCAGCUCCUGGACCUGCGAGCCUGUGGAGCCAUCUCGCGGGACGGGGAUCAUCAUUUCCAGUGACAUUAAAGGCUUAGUCUUUGAUGAUACAUACAUAGUACCGAAAUAUACCUGCCACCCUUUCCUCGUGGGCAGAGGUAAACCUGACCUCCGCAUCUGCGUCUGUACCACGGGCUUUAAGCCUUUGACCGUUUACGUUUAUCAGGAAGGGUUAGCGCGCUUUGCCACGGAGAAGUUCGACCUGAGUAAUCUGCAAAACAGUUAUGCCCCCUUGACCAACCUCGGCAUCAACAAGUCCGGGGCCUCGUAUGAGAAAAUCAAAGAAGUGAUCGGUCGCGGCAACAAGUAGACCCUCAGCCGGUCCUUCUCUUACCUUCGCAGCUGGGACGUGGAUGGCCUGCUUCUGUGGCAGAAAAUCCACCACGUGGCUAUUCUCACGGGGCUCGCCAUCACUCCCUCGGUCCCCUUUACGGCCAACUGCUUAGAGCUCUUUGGGUUUGAUAUUUUGAUUGAUGACAACUUGAAACCGUGGCCGCUAGAAGUCAACUUCAGCCCUGCCCUGUCCGUGGAUUGUUCGGCGGACGUUCUGAAGAGAAAACUCAUCCACGACACUGCUGAGCUGAUUUACUUGCGGGGUCUGAGGCACGGGAGGGCAGAGGGCAGUGGGUCCCGGGGGAGCGGCGGGGUCCCCCUCGCGGAGCUGGAUGCCGGUGGGCUCAACCGCAUGGGCAGAACCCUUCCUCGUGAGUCCCUCUUUCCGGUCAUGGGCAGACCGUUUAAGGAGGAAUCUGGUGAAGAAGCCGUAAAGAUAUGUCCCGAGAGUAAACGUGCCUCCCAGCCUAGGGAAAUGCCGAGUAGGAAGAAAGACCUUCUCCUUUCAACAAGAGGCCCCCAAACCAAGCCAAAGUUAAAGGGCAGACACACGCCCCACAAGGCGCUCAUUCAGUUCGUGUCCCUCAUCCAAGCGUGCACCCACCAGACAAGCAUCGCCCCGUGCGUCGCCUCGGACUAGAGCAAAGUGCCAGAUCUCCAAGAAGGGAAAUUUGUUCUCAUUUUUCCUUUCAACGAAGCAACUUUUGGAGCUUCCAGGAAUGAUUUAAACGUCAGGAGAAUAAUCCAAGAGUUCCAGAAACGAAUGAACAAACACCACUCCCAAGUGGCAGAAAAAGAAACAAAGAGAAGGUGACAUGGCUUUUGGGAAACCAAGGAUUCCCUUGCUGGGGACUGCAAUGGCUCAGCCCCUGCCCCUCUGCAUCCAGCACGUUGACCACGUCGCGGGGGCCGCCGAUGUGGGCGUAAAUAGAAAUAUAGCAACCCUGCCAAAGUAGAGCAUGUGCAAAUGAUGAUUAAAUUACAUGACCUAACUGGUGUAUUUGCUCCGACUGCUUUGGAAAAUGCCACACAGCCUCUUCCCUGUCCGUGGAAAUGCUUUAUCACAGUUACACUGUGCAUUUACCGAAACACGAAAACAAAAGAUAAUUAACGUAUCUUUUAAGGACUCUGAGGUGAAAACGGUACAAAAAAGGCCAAGGGUUAACUUUUUGUUUCUUAAUACACCAUUUUAUGUUCAAAAUUAUUUUUGUCAACUUGAUCAGUCAUCGGUAUAAGGCGAAUUACAGGAAACCUUCCCCCAGGGUACCCACGUGACUGUUAUGUAUAGGUCCUGGGUCCUAAAUCAGACAUUGCACCACAUUGCUCCCCACUGGGGUCAUCCAUCAACCGUAUUUGGAGAGUGUCCCCUCGUGGUUGGCCCCGUCACUGAUAGAUUACCAUCCCAGCACGCGACCUCAGAACCUUCCAGAUCUAGCCUUGUCACUCCUGCCACAUCAAAAAGCACUGAGGAGUCCUAAGACACAAAAGCCGCAGCAUUUACUUGAAAACAUCAUGCUGAGUGAGAAAAAAGCCAGACACAAAGGGCCACACGUAGUAAGAUACGAUUUACAGGAAGCGUCUG